CCAUAGGUAGAAGACAUAGAAGACAAAACUUAUGGAGUAAUCUACACUUGGAUGACCCACACAAAUGUCGCAAAAUCACUCUAAAAAUAGCGACCCCUUGACUCCUUAUAUUGGACUGUGCUCUGUCCAUUUUGAAUCUGCAUGGAUAUGGAUAUAUCCGAUCCAUGAGUGGCGCCAACGAAUUCGGGAUAGGCGGUAAAAAUAGCUCGGUGUGGCCGUUGCGUGGCUUUAAAUAGACCAGUGCAUGGAUAAAGCACCCCCUUUUUUUACCUCCCUCCCCGCUUUGUCACUGCUCACCACUACAACCCGUAGAGUAAUUUAACUUAGGCUGAUACAAGGAUCCACAAUUUACUGCACAUUAGUCUUCCAUUUCGGCAAAGAGGUCGAUCGAGAUUGCCGUCGUCGUGGCUCGGUCGAUGGGGGGCAGCAUGGAGGAGCAGCUGCAGGUGCCGGCGGCGGCGAAGAAGAUCGCGGUGCCGUUGAAGAAGCACCACCCCAACCUCCACGUGGCCCACGCCGGCGCGGGCAAGGGCGGCGGGGAGGCGCCGGCGGUGAUGGUGACCACGCCCAAGGCGGCGUCGCAGGCGCCGAAGCACGCGCACCUGCUGGCGAGCCCCCGGGCGUGCCUCUGCUCGCCGACGACGCACGCCGGGUCGUUCCGGUGCAGGCUCCACCGCGCCGGCGCCGGCCUCCACGAGAUGGGCAAGAAGACCAGCCCCGGCGCGUGACGCGCGCGCCCACCCGUCCGCACAUUCUUGUUUCUGUUUUGCUUCGUUGGAUGGGUGGUGUGCAGUGCAUGGAAAGGGAAAAGUUUUUUUUUUCUCUCCUUCGUUUUGGAUCCUCUAUUUGCGUCGACGGGGAACUUCAUCUGGUUCUACAGUCGACGAUUAUGAAUGUUGAUCGAUUCCGUACCCGAUGGGAACCGGCCACCUGUAUAUAUAACAAAGUGUACAUAACUGCCGGUUCA